AAUAAUAAUAAAAAAACUCCUAAUUCCUAAAAUCUCUCGAUUUCCGAUCUCCGCCCCCCGCAUCUCUCCCCUGCGAUUUUCGCUCUCCGUCCCGGCGACAACGCCGAGUAGAGCUUUGAACUCCGCCUCCCCUGCUUCCGGUCUCCGCCUCCUUGUAGACGAAGGUAGGUGUUUGAGUGUUUCUGCUUCCGGUCUCCGCCUCUUCUAUUGUUUCUAAUACGGAGUAUGAAAUAUCAGUCUUGAAGGCUGGAAAUCGAAGAUUUGAAAUUCAGAGCCAAGUUACUUCCCCAACAUUGUUCUCCAGUCUUCAAAAAACGUAUUCGAGAUCGAGAAGCCAUUAAAGGAUUGGGUUCUUGAUUUGGCUGCAUAUUAGAAAAGUGGGUUACCGGCCAAAAUGCAAAUCUCACUGCAUCCUCGGCGAGGCUCCAGAAUAUAGUUGAAUGAACUCUCCAUCGCCAUUGGCUCUGCUGAAAUCGAAAGUCUGAACUUUGAAGGUGGAGCAGACGGAGAUCAUGGCCGCGGGUGAUGAAACUCAAGAAAGAGUUGCAUCUUCUUCAUCUCCGAGUUGGAAGGAACGGAUUCUCGUCCCCACUAUACUCGCAGGGAUUUCUGGCGGAGGAGCUGGAUUGGUAUCAAAGCAUCGAAAAGUUCAUGGCCUUGCUAAUAUUUCCGCCACUUAUGCAACCAAUUUCGCCAUCGUUACUGGCUGUUAUUGUGGUGCUCGAGAGUUUGUAAGAGUAAGUAGAACUGGAAAACCUGAUGACUUGUUGAAUUCGGUAAUUGGAGGUUUUGGUAGUGGUGCUCUUUUGGGAAGGCUUCAAGGUGGCCAACUUGGUGCUAUUCGUUAUUCUGUCGCCUUUGCUGUUGUGGGAACGUCAGUUGAUUUUGCCACUCUCAAAUUGAAACCUGUCCUGAGAAGAUACUAUAACUCGGGCGUUGGCAGCAAGGACAGCUGGUUGAAGUUGCCAGAAUGGUCACCUAUAAAAGUGCUCGACGAGGAAGCCCUUGCUGCAAAACAUGCCCGGGAACAAGAAAUCUAUAGAAGAGUUCAUAAUUUGAACAAAGAAGAAUCUUAAGACCAACACAUUUUUGUUAUGGUUUGCUUACCUGCUUCGUAUUCAGUGGAAACAUGCAUUUGUAAAUGAGCAAGCAUUGCAAUAAUGAGACGCAUUAGACU